AUGGAGGUUCUGCACACUAUGAGCUCCUCGAGCUCCUGCCCCCACCUGUACGGUUCGGGAAACAACAGCGUGGUCCUGGGGCAUUACAACCAGACGGGCCGCCUGCAGAACCGCCCGGUGGCGCGCAGCGGCAUCAGCGCCGCCAAGGCCAGCUUCCUCUUCGUCAGCGUCUGCAUCAUCCUGGAGAACCUCCUGGUGCUGCUGGCCGUGCUCUUCCGCAUCCGCCUGCGCUCCCGCUGGGUGUACAUCUGCAUCGCCAAUAUCACCCUCAGCGACCUGCUGGCCGGCAUGGCCUACGUGGUCAACCUGUGCAUGUCCGGCAGCAAGACCUUCCAGCUCAGCCCCAUCCAGUGGCUGUUCCGCGAAGGGGUGCUGUUCGUGGCUCUGGCCGCCUCCAUCUUCAGCCUGCUCCUGAUUGCCGUGGAGAGGUACACCACCAUGAUGAAGCCUGUGCACCAGAAGACUGGCAGGAAGACUUUCCGCAUCUACAGCCUCGUGGCCCUCUGCUGGCUAAUGGCAUUUGUGAUCGGCUUUCUCCCCCUGCUGGGCUGGAACUGCAUCUGCCAGCUGGGCAGCUGUUCCACCCUCCUACCGCUCUACUCCAAGAGUUACAUCCUCUUCUCCCUGGUCAUUUUCUGCCUGAUCCUGAUAAUGAUUGGCGUGCUCUAUGGCGCCAUCUACUGGCACGUGAGAAGCAGCACAGAUGUCGGCUCUACGCGCAGUCGGCAGCGCUCCCUGCGGCUCUUGAAAACAGUCGUCAGCAUCGUGAUGGCUUUCGUUGUGUGCUGGGGGCCCCUCUUCUUCCUGCUGCUGGUGGACUUCUUCUGCCAGUCCCGCACCUGCAGCCCGCUCAACAGCGCCAACUGGUUCAUCACCCUGGCGGUUCUCAACUCGGCCAUCAACCCCAUAAUCUACGCCUACGGCAGUGCGGAGCUGCGCCGGGCCAUCGCCAGCCUGCUGUGCUGCUGCUGCCUGAAGGCCGGGCUCCUCGACCCCGCCACCUUCAUGUCCAAGGAGACGAGCAGCACCUCUGGGGGCUCGCACCGGCAGAACAGCCUGCGCAACAGCUUCAGCCGGGUCAGGAGCAUGAGCCUCAGCCCCCCGCCUGUCCGCAAGGCCAAGAAGCCCCGCCUCAGCUCCACCACCUCCUGCCUCUCUGUGUCAGUCGACUAGACCACGGAGCUCAGGGGCGUGGCCCCAACCGCCGCGGCGGCCAUUUACCUCCAA